AUGCUGAUGGUCUUCGCAGCGCCGCAAGCAGAAGCGUGCAGCGCAGUGUCGAUGUCGCGAGUAUGCGUCAUUGGCUGCGGCGCCAGCGGCAUCGCUGCCAUACGUCAAUUCAAGGCUGCCGGCUUCUCCGUCACGGCAUAUGAAGCUCGAUCAUCUCCUGGCGGCGCUUGGAUCCUCGAUCGCGAUCCUGGACCUUGCAAGAUCUCAUUCGAUGCUGCUGGCAGAGCAGUCGCCCGGGGCAGCUCGAUCAGUCUACCUGCGACGCCCAUGUAUCCGGGUCUGAGGAGCAACCUGCCGAAAGAUCUCAUGUCGUUUCGUACGCAACGGUUUGAAGCUGCAACCAAUUUUGCUGGGCCUGACGAGGUGACGUCGUACCUCUGCAAAGUGCUUGGGAAGGACAGCGAUGUCGUCAAAUUCAACACUAUUGUCACAAGAUUGCGGCAUGCCAGGGGAAAGGGAUCUUGGAAAGUGACGACGCGCAGGCUGGACUCGGAGGAAGUCGAGGCGACAACAGAGUACGAUUGGGUCUGCGUCGCCAACGGUCAUUACACUGUGCCAUACAUACCGCCCAUCGAGAACUUGUGGACCUUCCCCAAGAUAGCGCACGCCCGGUGGUACCGCCGCGCGCAAGACUUUGCAAAUGAACGGUGUCUCGUCGUCGGCGCUGGCCCGUCAGCGCAGGAUGUCCUGCGAGAGAUCGCCGUGUCCUCGCCCGAUGUACGCGUAGUCCAGAGCUGUCACGGUGGUCAGACAGAAGCAAGGGAUGGCGUCGAGCAAGACUGGGUUUCUCGAAUCUCAGUCGUACCGCCCAUAGAACGCACAGAGGGCAAUGGCAUCCACUUUAUAGACGGCACGCAUCGUGACGACAUCACGCUCAUCUUAUUCGCGACAGGCUACUCUUAUCACUUCCCGUUCUGUCAUACGGAGGAUGCGCCAUUUUCCGCAGCACCGCUCACGAGUGAACGACCGCAUCCUCAUGUGCCCCCGCCUCCCUCAUUCGUCGACACAGCAGCCCGAGCCGUGGGAGGACCAUCUGUACUUCAUCUCGCAGAGGGAGACAUCUUCUACGAACCCGAUCCGAGCCUUGCGUUUCUUUGCCUUGCCAAGAUGAUCGUUCCCUUUCCUCUGGCGGAUGCACAAGCGCGCUAUGUCGCUCGAACCUGGCGAGCUGCUGCAAACGUCAAUGACAUCAGUCUCAAGCCCGGCAGAGUACAAGAGCCAACAAAGGCGCAUGUACUAGGAUAUCCUGCCGAGUUUGAUCUCUCGGACUCGCUGAUGUUGUCUGUCGGUGAGGGCAGACACGACGAUGACGAUCGAGAUCAUGACGAAGAGGGCCGUUUCUUCGAGACACCGCAAUGGCGUAGAGAACUCCGAGAGAAAGCAAAAUUACUUAGACUCGCAGAAUUAGGCUACAAAUAG